CAAGCUGAAAGGGACGGGCACAGGAUCCGCGACACUCGUACCAUCCUGCCCCUGGACGAUUUGACAACAGACUCUGCCUCCUCCAUCACUGUAGUCCCACCCACAUACCUACCAACCCAGACGAGCUGGAGGAGCAAGGUGUGAGCCACAGGUGUUCGCUCUGCCUUGUGCCCAAGGAAGUCCUUCCGCCCAGCCUGCCUACCCACCCCGGCACUCUCUCUUGGCUCAUUGGCUCAGAAAGCCCCACCCUGCUUGGAAAUAAGGAACAAAAGCUGCCUCCAGGAGGCCCUCGGGCAGACAGACAAGCCGGCACCGGAGAGUGAGGACCCACGGGGACCCAAGAAAGGAAGGAAAGAGACCCUGACUUUUGGAGUCUGAAGACCAGGGCUCAAGACCAUCUGUGUUACUUGCUGCUGGGAGAUCUUGGGCAGGUACCUGCCACCUCUUAGCCUUAAGACACUUUUGCCGUGACAUGGGGACUGUGGCCAUCCCUUCUCUGAGUCAUUGCGAGUGAGGACGUGAUGGCCGAGUGGUUGCGGUGAAACAGGUUCUGGCUUUGGCAUCACCUAUAAGGACUCCCAUUCGCGUGUUCUCCCAGGCCUUGUGACUCCCAGGGCCAGAGAGGUUAGCAUACUAGUGCACACACAUCCACGUUAGACACCAAGGACACAGCCAACAUGAACUGGGGGUUUCUACAGGGACUCCUGAGCGGCGUGAACAAGUACUCCACCGCCCUAGGCCGCAUCUGGCUGUCGGUGGUUUUUAUCUUCCGAGUGCUGGUGUAUGUGGUGGCCGCCGAGGAGGUGUGGGAUGACGAACAAAAAGACUUUAUUUGUAACACCAAGCAACCAGGCUGCCCCAACGUCUGCUAUGACGAGUUCUUCCCGGUGUCCCACGUGCGUCUCUGGGCCCUGCAGCUCAUUCUGGUCACCUGUCCUUCCCUGCUUGUAGUCAUGCAUGUGGCCUACCGGGAAGACCGGGAACGGAAGCACCGCCGCAAACAUGGGCCCAAUGCCCCAGCCCUGUACAGCAACCUGAACAAGAAGAGAGGUGGCCUGUGGUGGACAUACCUGCUGAGUCUCAUCUUCAAGGCUGCCGUGGACUCGGCUUUCCUCUACAUCUUCCACCGCAUCUACAAGGACUAUGACAUGCCGCGAGUGGUGGCUUGCUCUGUGAAUCCCUGCCCCCACACUGUGGACUGUUACAUCUCCCGACCCACGGAGAAGAAGAUCUUCACCUACUUCAUGGUAGUCACAGCUGCCAUCUGUAUCCUACUCAACCUCAGUGAGGUUGCCUACCUGGUGGGCAAGAGAUGUAUGGAGGUCUUCCGCCCCCGGCGACGGAAAGCCUCUCGGAAGCACCAUCUACCAGAUACGUGCCCACCAUAUGUGAUAUCCCAAGGAGGUCACCCCCAAGACGACAACGCUGUCCUCACAAAGGUUGGGAUGGCCACAGUGGAUGCAGGUGUCUAUCCAUGACUUGCAGUUUAUGACUGAUAACAUCUAGGUAUUCGUGAUGCUCUGCUUGUGCCUCCAACCCUUACCACACGGAUCCCUCUGCUUGGAAUACCUGACCUGCCUCCUCUGCGAGUGUCCUCAACCCAAGGACAGCCUUCACCACCACUUUGUAGGCCAUAAAAGCUCAGGCCUCUCUCCUGUCAUACUCUCUGGGAUGGACUAGCUAAUACCCAUGAACGAUACCCGGCAGUCUGUGAGCCCACGAAGGACAGGAUGCUGAGUCACCAGGU